ACCCGCGGCGCAUUCAGACUGGCCCCCUUUUCUGGAUUUGGCCCAGAUAAAUGACGCGAGUAUAAGUAUAACAAAGAAUCGGACAAGCUACUACCCGAACGCCUGUUCCUCCACCCCGUGACCUGCUAUGUCCCGACGAUUCUCAUACUUAGCACAAAUGUCCGAAACCCGAAUGGCAUAGUCGGGAAAGAAAAAAAAUAUGAUUGAUAAAAUUAAGGACCUGUCGAACAGAAACAAAGAAAACGUACUGAUCAAUCGAUAGUCCUUCUGUUCAACAUGUCCACCUACGCUAUCCUCGGUGCCACAGGAAAUUGUGGCACUGCUCUCAUUGACAACCUCCUGCGCACCGAUGAUGCGAAAGUUAAUGCCUACUGCCGCAGUAAGACCAAACUGAUCCAAAAGGUCCCCACGGUCACCAAUAAUAAGCGCGUGAACGUCUACGAAGGGAGCAUUUACGAUAUCGAUCUCCUGACCGAAUGCAUCCGCGGCACCCGCGCCAUCUUCCACGUGGUGACGACGAACGACAACGUGCCCGGCUGCCAUGUCGGUGUGGACACGGCCAAGAGCAUCAUUGCAGCGAUUGAGAAGCUAAAAUUUCAUGGUCAGAUCAGCGCACCACUCCCCAAAACCCUCCUCCUGUCCUCUGGGACAAUCGACGACCAUCUGAGCCGGCACAUGCCUUGGUGGUUCCGUCCCAUCCUGCGCACCGCAGCCUCACAUGUUUACGAGGACCUGCGCCGAACAGAAGUCUACCUUCGGCAGCAACAGGAUUUGGUGCCGAUGAUUUUCGUCAAGCCGGGUGGCUUGGCGCUUGAUGCGCAACGGGGCCAUGAGCUGAAUCUCGACCAUGAUGAGUCGUUCGUUUCGUAUCUGGAUUUGGCCGCGGGGAUGAUUGAAGCGGCUGAUGACCAGGAGGGCAAAUAUGAUAUGAAGAACGUUAGUGUGGUGAAUACGAAUGGGUCGGCCAAGUUCCCUUCGGGCACGCCUUUAUAGUCUUGCGACUGGCUUGGCGAGGCAUUUCUUUCCCUUCCUACAUGCAUAUUUGCCUUCUACUGGUCCUGGUUAGCGAUAUAUAGAGCCAUUGUUUUGUAUAGCCUUCAUAGCUCAAAGCUAGAAUAAUGUAAACAUGUGAAGAGAGUGAAACUGAUCUUAAGAUUACG